GGGCAUAUGCCUACUUUCCAGAUGGAUUGAGUUAGAACGUUACUGUCACAGAGUCGCUCUACAUGACCACUUGGGGACUUUCUGUGUCGUGAAAAAGGAUUGUUAAAGUCGAGACACAUGUCAGUGUGACCAUGAGUCGAGGAAAAGAGGCCCCGAUGGCGAGGAACCCGCGGAGGGACAAGUCUGAAGUCAGCUGCUGCAUCAAAUAUUUGAUGUUUGGAUUCAAUGUUUUGUUUUGGUUGAUAGGAGCAACAGUGUUGGCCAUCGGAUUGUGGGCGUGGACGGAAAAAGACAUGUUCAACAAUAUCAACAAGAUGACCAACAUCACCCUUGACCCUGCACUGUUCUUCAUUCUGAUUGGUCUAGUCAUAUUUAUUAUCGGGUUCUCCGGCUGUGUUGGUGCUCUCAGGGAAAACACAUGUCUGCUCACAUUUUUCUGCGUGUUGGUGGGCCUGAUAUUCUGUGUCGAGUUGUUGAUUGGGAUCCUGGGGUUCGUUUACAAGGAUUGGGUUCGUGGUGAAAUUGAGAUGCAAGUGAGAACUAUGAUUGUUAACUACCGUGAAGAUAUUGACCUCCAGAACCUGAUCGACUGGGUACAGGAGGACUGGUUAUUAUGUUGUGGAAUGACUGACUACCGAGACUGGGAACUGAACCGAUACUUUAACUGUUCCUCCCCGGGGGCUGAGGCUUGUGGAGUACCGUUCUCCUGCUGUAAACCUACAAAUGAAAUUAUACAGAAUCGACACUGUGGCUUCGACAUUUCCAAACCAGAGCGUGACGACAUCAGAAGUCAAACAAUUUAUACAGACGGCUGUAUACCUCAGGGGGAGAAGUGGAUGGAGGUGAAUCUUAUCCCUGUAGCCUCAGUACUAGUUGGCAUGGCUGUCCUUCAGAUACUGGGGAUUUGUUUUGCUCAUAACCUCAAAAGUGAUAUACUGGCACAGAAAGCCAAGUGGAGAUAUCCCUAGCAGCUGGGUCAAAGGUCAAACACUAUUAUUAGAACAUUCACUUAUAAAUCGUUUCUCUCUAACAGUAGAUGGCAUUUCUAAAGACACAUGACUUUUACAGACAAGAAUCUCCAGUCACAUUAGAUGACAUUUUAAAGACGCAUGAUUUUUACAGAAAAGACUUCCUCACUGAUAGUAAGCCAUCAUUUUUAAAGGCACAUGACUUUUAAAGAAAAAAAUUGGUCAAAGGAAACAAAACCUCUUACAACGACCUUCUUGAUUUACACGCUAAAUACUUUGAUGUUUUACUCUUCUAAAUGUACAAAUAUUGUACAAAAUUUGAAAAUGACUGUACAGUAUGUAUAAAACUGUUAAUGUAUGUUAUGUUUUAAAUCAUGAAAAAUCAUCAUGUUUGUACAUAAUUGUAAGAAAUACAUAAUGUAUUUUGAUGUUGUGAUUUCUAAGGAAGCUAAAUGAAUGUAUCAAAUGUUUUGUUUUGUUUUUUGAUGCACAUAUAAGAUAUUAUGUGUAUUUGUAUGUGAACACUUGGCUAUAUAUAACUUUAUACUUUUGUAUUACACGUGGGAUGAGUGUAGGCUGUUAAAAUUUUAUUGAACACUUAUCCACUGAAUUUGAAGAAGAUAGACGGUAAUAUACAUUGAAAAUUGAUUGUGAUAAUUGAGAAGUAAACCUGAUAUUUUGUUUGAUUAGUUUUUUGGAUAAAUAUGUGUCAAAGUUUUUUCUUGCCUUUUCAAGAUUGCAACAUAUUCAUUUACAUGAAAUUCAUCUUUUCAACAUAGUGAUUUGAUAAAAGAUAUACUUCUUGUAAAUUUUGAAAUAAAGCUUUUAUGAGAAUGGUAAUACAUGUACAUGUAUUUCUUAGAUGGUUCAAUUUUUUUUUUUUUUUUUUUUCGUAUUUAGCCAUUUUGCUUUCCCAAGUGGUUACCAUGGUAACAAUAAUGUAAGUGUAAAAUAUUUACCAUUUAGCAACAGAGUUGUGAAUGAUCCUAUAUGCUGACUCUCUGUUAUCAGUACCAUGUGAUCACCCUAGCAACAGAGUUGUCAUCGUUACUAUGUUAUCACCAUAGCAACAUAGUUUGGGUUGAGUGUUGUCUAGAUCGAAUGUAGCAUUUUCCUUCAAAAGUUCCAGAUCUCUGAAUUUACUGUGACAUUUCUUUAAUUUAUCUCACUUCAUUAAUAAGAAUUAAAUAUCUAAUCAUGCUAUCUUGGUUGAUAAAGAAAGUUGUGUAUAAAGAGAGAAAAACAAUAACUUUUGUUCAUCAGGUUAAAUUUAUCCUUAAAGAUUACUACAGCUGUACUGUAAAUGGUUAAUUAGUUUCAUUAACUCGAUCGACAAAGUUUCUGUACAAUUUGUUUUGUAUGUGUAUGAAGUAAUUUAGAUAUUUUCACAUUUCAAGGCAUAUUGAUAGUGUCUACAUAUUAACUCACAGAUAUUUAUUUGUCAAAUUGUCAGUCACAGUUUUCAAAGCAACAUUUGGUGAUACAAUGUUAUUCUUUGAAUAUGUACAAUAUCAUUGUAUCUUUGCACUUCAAACUGUAUCUGGCACAAUCUACUGUUGUGCUUUGUGAUGUAAGAUUUGUAUGUUUUUAAAGUCCCUGAUGUUAAUGUGUUUCCUAGGAUACAUGAAUCGGCAGCUUGGACAUUUUACAUAAUCCAUGGCAGAUUUAGAGUAGAAACGCCAGACCACCGAAGGGAGUUUGAGAAAAAUGUUUGAAGUUUAGACAUGUUUUUCAAUUUGAUGUUAACGAUCAUUUGUUGUUUUCUAAAUACUGAUUAACCAGAAACAUUGUUUAGAAUGUUUUUUUUAUAUACAUGUAUUUUAAAAAUUGUGCUGUAUUUACAGUAUUUGAGAGUUAAUGGCGAUGUACAGAUUGGUGUAAAAUUAAUUUUAUUACACGUACAAGUUAAGUUAAAACGAAAAUUUACUUGUUAAGGAUCAGGGGCCUGGAACAAAUUUCUAGACCAUGCUUCAUUUAUAUUAUGACAAAUAUCAUACAAAUAUGAACUGUGGGUUUGAAAUUUGUUCCAAGUCCCUAGUGACUAGUUGUCAGGAUAGCUACUGUAUUUUCAUUACUGUAUACGAAAACUUCAAUUACAUCUGAGGCGUAGAAGAGUUAGUAUGUAUUUUGUCUUUACCCACCGUAGAACUAUACAAUGUUCCCAUCAUUUCAACAUUUUGUUGCAAAUUCAUUGUACAUUUGUAUUUAUACAUGUCUUAAGCUCUAAACACAUGUGUCUGUUAGUAAGUGUUUAUUCAAAUGCCAACCCCCCUGAAUAUGUCACAAAGUCAUUACAGG